AUGUACGACUACAUAAACUUCGCCAUGGCGAUCUACCCCAUCCUCCGAUCCUACGGCCUCGUCCCAGUCCUCACCUCAGAAAUCUACCAGAGCCUCACCCAACAGGCCCGUAACAUGAACUCUCAGCAACGAGACCAACGCGAGAAUAGCGAGGGAUCGCUACGUUUGCCCAUCGAGCUGAAUGACCAAAUAAUGGAUUACUUGCACCCGGAGGAUCGGAUAGCGUGGAUAUUCUCACAUAGGGAGCUGUUCAGGAGCUACUUUGAGGGGUUGAGUGAGGAAACGAGGAAGUCCCUCUCAAAGAGCGUGUGUAAAGAACCGAGCAGUAGGAAGGAUAAGGAUAAGGCGUAG